AUGGGCAGUGUCCUCCAAAGCCUCCUGCUCCUGCUCCUGGCCGUGGCACGCAAUUCGCUGGCCGAUGAGAGCCCGGCGGCCGAGGAGGGAAACCUCAGCCAUGCGCUGGUGUCGAACUCUACGGCAGCUGACAGCCUUAGGCUGAAGAGCAAAUACAUCGCCGCUGCAUUGAAGAACACAUCGAAGGAGAUGCUGGUCAACCUCAGCCAAGAUCGUUCUGCCCGGUCGUCUUCCGUCAUCCGAGUCAUCAACAAAUGCUACAAGGAGCCCAUCUGGAUUGCGCAUUGCUGCAACUACAAUUACAAGCAGAAUGUGAAGAUUGAUGGAGGUGCUUCACACGACUUUCCAGCCUAUGCUGGGCUUCGAGGCUUUCGACUCUGGCCGAAGAUGAGGUGCAAUUCUGAUGGUAACGGCUGCUACAUUGGUCAGAGUGGUGGCAAGGGCCAGCCAUGUGGUACUGAUGGCAACUGGCGCUGCCAACAGCAUGUGGACACCAAGUUCGAGGCCACUUUUGGAAGCCGUAGCGACUACUACGACAUGAGCAUGGUGGAUGGGUACACGCUGCCAUUCCAGCUGAGGCUCCAGGGCUGCUCCAUUCCAGGAUUGGGCCGCUACUUGGAUUGCUCGGAUCUCACGCUCAACGCCUGCCCAGCCGCAAACAAGGAGUACUACAACGGAAAACUGAUGGGCUGCCACGCACGGGGCCGCCCUGGGCAUGGCACUAGUGAGUACAUCCACUUGGUGCACAGGCUGUGUCCGAAGACCUAUGCCUUCGACUUGGACGAUAGCAAUGGAAACCACAAUUGUCCGCAUGGCACCACCUACGAGCUCACCUUCUUGCUUUUUUUCUGCGGAAAGUCUGAAGCUCACGUUCGCUCGCCUGACGCCGGCCGACGUUCACGUCGGAGUUCAGGCGAUGCCGCUCGCAGACCGCUUGCAGUUGCAGAAAUUGCUCCGUCCCCUCUUCAAAGCGGACGCUUGCGAGGGCAAGGUGUGCGCCGUGAAGAAAUGCAAGAAGACCAAAGAUUGCGCGACUCGCACAUCAUCAAAGCGGCAGGCGACCUGGGGAAAACGAAGAGGUGCAACCUUCCCUUGGAGAAAGGCGACCCCGUGCGCGGGGCUUGCCGGAUAUGGAAGCACAGCCGGUCUCCUUCCUCACCAUGUUGCAGAAGGAGAUCGCUUCCCGAAAAUCCCGCAGAGGGCGCAGUCGCAGCCCCUGCUGGAACAUGCGGAAGCGCAUUGGCCGCUCCGUCAUGCCCAGGACGGUCCCCUUGCGCUACGUGGAGUUGGCUUGCUGGGAGGAGGACGAGCGCGGCCGCUGCGAGGACUACGACUCUGACAGCAUGGAGGACAUGGAGGUAG